AUGGCGUUAAUGAAAGUCACGUUUGAUCACAAAAAGCGGGUCAAAUUAGCCCAGGGGCUUUGGCUCAUGAACUGGUUUUCAGUGAUCGCGGGGAUCGUCAUCUUCAGCUUAGGACUCUUCCUCAAGAUCGAACUCAGGAAGAGAAGCGAGGUGAUGAACAACUCCGAAAGCCACUUUGUGCCCAAUUCCUUGAUCCUGGUGGGGACCCUGGGCUGCGUCUUCAACGCCCUGGCGGGAAAAAUCUGCUACGACUCCCUCGACCCAGCCAAGUACGGCAGAUGGAGACCGUGGCUGAGACCCUACCUGGCCGUCUGUUUCCUGUUCAACGUCUUCGUCUUCCUGGCGGCCCUCUUCUGCUUCCUCACGAGGGGCUCCCUGGAGGACACCUUGGCCCACGGGCUCAAGAGCGGGAUGAAAUACUACCGAGACACCGACACGCCGGGCCGCUGCUUCAUGAAGAAGACCAUCGACAUGCUGCAGAUCGAGUUCAGGUGCUGUGGGAACAACGGCUUCCGAGACUGGUUUGAGAUCCAGUGGAUCAGCAACAGAUACCUGGAUUUCGGCUCCAAAGAAGUGAAAGAUCGUAUUAAGAGCAACGUGGAUGGGCGGUACCUGGUGGACGGGGUCCCCUUUAGCUGCUGCAACCCCAACUCCCCUCGGCCCUGCAUCCAAUACCAGAUCACCAAUAACUCGGCCCACUACAGCUACGACUAUCAGACGGAGGAGUUGAACCUGUGGGGCCGGGGCUGCCGGGAGGCCCUGCUCUACUACUACAGCGGCAUGAUGAACUCCAUGGGUGUCGUCGUCCUUCUCGUGUGGUCCUUUGAGGUGUCCGUCAUGGUUGGGCUGCGCUACUUACACACGUCUCUGGAAAGCAUCGCCGACCCGGAGGACCCAGAGUGCAAGAGCGAGGGCUGGCUGCUGGAGCAGAGCAUCCAGGACACCUGCAGAGCCAUCCUGGAAAGCGUCAAGAGGCUGGGCAAAGGCAACCAGGUGGAGGCCGACCCUCCGGGAGACGAGGACGGCAGCAAGGGGCCAGCCGUCGCCACAGUCAGCUGAGCACCCCACAGGGGCCCAGGGACCUUUGGACCCCACAUGAACUCCACGGCCGCUCAUCUGAAGCAAACAUAGAAACCCACGUUCAUCGGCUGUUCUCGUCAGAGACAUGACAACGAGGUGCAUCUGAGGUUAGGACCUUCUCCUUCCCCUCCAUCCUCCUCCCUCCCUAGUGCUCGGAAACCCUGGACGGGGCAGGUUCUUGCCUGAAACGCGAGUGGUAGUCAUCUUCUUCUCUAACCUGUGAUACAUCCCGGGCCCCGCUGUAGACUCAGCUUCGUCGCUGCUUGCAAAGCUAGAGAGCAAAGUGGUGAUUUGGUGAUCUCAUCUGGGGGUGGACGACUGGGAUGGGGACAAAUCUUUUCUUUUUUCAUCCGUUUGGAAUUUUUAAGGGUACCUCUGUUUGGCCCAGGCAGCAUAUGGGUUCCAGUCACUAAACUGAAAAACACUCAGUGGUGGAAGCAAAACCGCUCCUGGUUCCUGAGGCCAAGAGGACUUUAAAACCCCCUAGGGUUAUAAAGGCAUCAGAUAGCAGUAAGCAAGAUCCAAAAGCGGUGUUUUCUGACCUUCCUCGGGCCCAAGGCACCCCACCCACUUGCUCCCUGGCAGAGGUGUGGGUGGGACAGAAAGAGACCCUCCCCAGCCUGUCAGCUGGCCCCAGGACCCCCACAGCUCCCAGCUGGGUCACGAUGUUGGAUUCUUUUGGAAAAUAGCUUGUCCAACCCCGGGGGGAGAAUCCGUACAUUAAAAUCAGUGUUUUCCAAACACCCAAAUACCGUUCUUCCCCCGCCCUCAGAUUUCUAGGGAAAUCCCGACUUGAGUGGGCAGUGAUAGGAUCCUGCACCAGAACCUCCAAUUCUGAAGAAUCUUAUCCCUUUGGCUCCCAAUUUAUCUGCAUGCCCACCCUGGAUCCAGAAGACUGUAGGCUCCUCACUUUAAGCACAGCCCCUAGAGUUCCCUCCUCCCCACUCUUGUUCCUUUGGUGGGGAUGGGAAGGAAAAUAGCUGAUGUUCUCCCACCUCCCUGCCCCUACACGGCUGCAUCUUAGAGCAGCUGGAGACUCAAACUGGGCUCCCAGCUGUCCUAACGGACUGGGAGGUGAUGUGUGUCCAUCAGCCGGACGGAGCCUUGGUCUGGAGAUCCCUGGCGAGGAGGUCUUGGCCAUGGCCAGUGUUGUAGGGUCACUCUUACUAAUGCCACUGCGUGGUAUCCAUUUAUAUAUGUAGGUUCAUUGAUGAUUUCCAGUAGUUUCCCCGCCCACUCUUUCCUUCACCAUCAUUUAUCUCCACAGGCUAACACUAAUUGAGUGUUACUAGUUAGUAACACUAAUUAGCUAACACUAAUUGAUUGAUGGAGAACUAUAAACCCCCACCCCCCUCUGACUGUUUUGUCAGUCUCCCUAGUGGGUGCAUGACCCAGCCGGGGCUGUGUUUGCUUCAUUCACCACUGUACAUUCAGCUUAGAGGAGCAUAAUGGAGGGGAAAACAUCCCAGGCCAGCGUCCUGCAGGGGCACUGAGGGCAGAUCACUUACCUCUGGGCUUCAGUUUCACCAUCCCAGCCACCAAAACCCCUCAGGGGGGAGGUAAGAGCAAGGUGAAAGGUGUAGAAAGGCCAGGAGCUCAUAGGGACAAGGGAGCUUGGAGACAGCCAACAUGUCUCAUCUCUCCUACAAAGAGGCUGUUUCAUUGCUGUCCCAGGGGUUUAGCCUGAGGGUUUUUUGGUGCUGCGGAAUUGAAGGAAAAGGGACCCUCUGGUCCCCUCAUUCUCAGCUCCAGGGGGGUUUACUCACAAAAUGCGGAUUCCCAAUCCCAAGCGGUUUGAUCUGAGUGAGGACCCACUGCCCCAGCCCUCAACUGGGCUGGCGUCGGCUUGACCCAGUAGGCCCAGUGCGCCUACUGGGAAUUUGCUGGGCGCUUUCAAUCCCAAACCAGGCGCAUGGGAGUCUCCAACUUCCCGUGCUCACCCCAGGUCAGCCGAGGCCUCUCUCUGUGCCGUGUCGGCUUCGUUUCUCUCAGCUUUCCCUGUAAACCAGAGAGAGAGAGAGGCCACCCCGUCGUGGAAUGCCUAAACUAGAGCUGUGCCCAUAGAGAGUCUAUGCUGCCGUCACCUGUAAUACGGAUGUUAAAACUAUAUUGUAAGAAAACACUUGUUGCGUGAGAUGUUUAAAUAUAUACAGUGGAUACCCA